AUGUGGAGGUUAAUGGCCAAUGAAGGUGGGAGGCAGGGACAUGCAAAUUACACUGCUGUGAGGUACCAUUACACUUCUUCACACUUAUCAGGAGGAAUCUGCAUCUGCGGAGACCAUUGCAAAUGUACAACUUGCAACUGUAAAACAUGCCGGAAAAGCUGCUGUCCUUGCUGCCCCCCGGGCUGUGCCAAGUGUGCCCAGGGCUGCAUCUGCAAAGGGGGCUCGGACAAGUGCAGCUGCUGCCCCUGAAACACAUCCGUUGUGCUGGGAGCCAAGGCCCAGGAGGCGUCUGUACAGUGCCUUAGUCAAGAAGUUGGAAUUAUUGUACAAUAUAGGUUAUGCUUUUUAUAUAUUUGCUCAGAUGCGGUGUGGGUCACCUUCAUGUAAAGGGCUUG